AUGGUGCAAGAAGAUGCACUAACGCCGCAUAAGCGGUACGAGCUUAUCACACGAGGCAUCGAAGAGGUGAUUGGCGGUGACUUGAUUCAAAAAAUUUUGGAGGAAAAUGAGCGUCCUCUUAAGUGCUACUGGGGUACGGCUCCAACAGGUCGUCCGCACGUUGGGUACCUUGUUCCUCUAACAAAGCUUGCGGACUUUUUGCGCGCAGGAGUCCAGGUCAAAGUGCUGUUUGCUGAUAUCCAUGCUUUUCUAGAUAACAUGAAAGCACCAAUUGAACUCGUGAAGCAUCGAGCUGAAUACUACCGACAGAUCCUUACGUGUGUGAUGAAGUCUAUUGGCGUUCCGACGGAUCGUCUUACGUUCGUGCUAGGCUCUUCUUACCAACUUACUGAAAAGUACAACUUUGAUGUGUACCGCUUGGCAGCUAUGGUGACAGAGCAUGAUGCUAAGAAAGCCGGUGCUGAGGUCGUCAAGCAAGUAGCGAGCCCCCUGUUAAGUGGCCUCUUGUACCCGGGGCUCCAGGCACUUGACGAACAGUUCCUUGACGUUGAUUUUCAGUUCGGUGGCUUAGAUCAGCGCAAAAUCUUCAUGUUUGCCGAACAGUAUUUGCCAAAACUUGGCUAUAUGAAGCGCGCGCAUGUUAUGAAUGGUAUGGUGCCUGGCAUGAAUGGCUCGAAAAUGUCAUCUUCCGAUACCGACUCAAAGAUCGAUUUCCUCGACUCACCCAGUGAGGUGGCCAAGAAAAUUAAGGCUGCCUACUGCAUGGAAGGUGUCGUUGAGGAGAACGGUGUGCUGGCGUUUGUUGGUGCUGUGCUAAUGCCGAUUGCUCGUGUGCGCAAUGAGAUGAUGCACAAACACACCCAAUUGGAUGGCCAGUCGCAAUCCUUCAUUCCUGAGGAAGCGCCUGAAGGGACUCUGUUCAGCAUCAUGCGUGCGGACAAAUUCGGCGGUCCUCUGCACUAUGCAUCGUUUGACGAUCUCGUCCGUGACUUUAAGGAAAAGAAAUUGCACCCUGCUGACCUUAAACCAGCUGUGUCAAGCGCUUUGAACAAGCUUCUAGAACCUGUUCAGAAAAUGCUUGCCAAUGAGGAAUUCAAGAAACUGAAAGCUUUGGCUUAUCCUGAGGAUGAACCCAAGGUCAAGAAAGUAAAAGAGAAAAAAUGUGCGUGGAAAGAAGUUGACUCACACAUACAGUGA